CUUUCACUUUUUCAAUUCAAUUUUCAAAUCUCGAGAGCGCAAGAGAGGUGGCACUUGUACUACCACCACUACUGCCGCUACCUACCACGGCGGAGUUUUCUUCCGGCAACCGUUUUUCCGCGACGGUGCUUCCGCUACUCGAAAUUUCAACUUCGUUACUCUCUCUCUCUCUCUCCGUCGAUUCCUUGCUUGUUUCUAUUAAUUGCAAUCCGUAACGCUCGCGAAUUUAUGGUCGCACUCUGAGCCUGACGCCACUCCGUUUCGUUGAAGAUUUUCUCCAUGCGUUUCAAUUACUCCAUUUGAAACGGCGAAUCGUGAAGAGUGUGUGUGUGUGUGAGUGUGACAUUGUGAUUUGGAAGUUCAGAUCAAUUUUGAUGGAGCAGUGCGAAACGACGCUGAGUUUAGCUCCUCCUCGGAAAUCGGCCAGGCAAUUGGAUUUCGCCGCCGUAUGUGGAGGUCCGGCUCACCUCAAACUGCCACCGCCGCCGCCGCCGGUGGCGCAGUUACUGCUUCCAUCGAUUCAUCAUCUGCCGCCGUCGCAUUUGGAAUUGGAAUUGCAUCCACCAGGGCAACGGCCGUGGUUUUAUUCACCGCCGCAGGUGCAACAGCAAAGAACAAUGCAGUCUCCGGUGAUGGCACAAUUGCAGGCACCGCCGCCACAGCUGGUUUCGCCGGUUCGGCUAUUACCGCACCCGACGCCGGUGAAGAGGUUGCAAGCGAUGAGGGAGGAGUCUCCUAGAUCACAUCCUCGAAAUAAUGUGGAGUUAAAAGACAGCACUCCAAAGAAACAAAAACAAUGUAACUGCAAAAAUUCUCGAUGCCUCAAAUUGUACUGCGAGUGCUUUGCUGCUGGAAUCUACUGUGAUGGCUGCAACUGUCUAAAUUGUCACAAUAAUGUGGAUAAUGAAGCUGCCAGACAGGAGGCUGUUGGAAUAACAUUGGAACGCAAUCCGAAUGCUUUCAAACCAAAAAUCGCUAGCAGUCCACAAGAACCACGGUAUUCUAAGGUAGAUGUACCUGAAAUUCAAGUAAUAGGAAAGCACAAUAAAGGAUGUCACUGCAAGAAAUCAGGUUGUCUUAAGAAGUAUUGUGAGUGCUUCCAAGCCAAUAUCCUCUGCUCUGAAAAUUGUAAAUGCAUGGAUUGCAAGAAUUCUGAAGGAAGUACUGAAAGAAGGGCAUUUUUUCAUGAAGAGUAUAAUCUAGUUCCGCCCAAACAGGCAGUUAAUGCUGUCACUAGUGGAGCUGUUAGGUCCUUCAGCUAUGGACCUCACAUAACACCCAAGAAAAGAAAAAUCCAGGAAAUAUUUUCUGGCAAAUCAGCUGUAGAUCAAACUGUUAGCAUGACUUCUCAAUACCAACAGCAGGAAAUUGAUCCUAUAGCUUCAUCACCCUCAUCUUUGUCAGCUUCCGUUGUUUCUGAUGCCAACACAAGAACUUCAGGGCCUUCAAGUUCUACAUACAGGUCCAUUUUGGCGGAUGUCAUUCAGACACAGAAUGUGAAGAAUCUCUGUUCACUUUUUGUUGUUCUCUCUGGAGUAGCUGCUAAGACAAAUGCAGAAGUGAGAAACAAAUUCGAUUGGCAAACAGAGACUACGGAAUCUGAAGCACUGCAAGACACUAGAGAUGUUCACAAUCCUGUUGGUGACAAGAUGUCCACAGAUGCAGUUGAUAUUCACCAUUAUAAUAGGCCAUUGUCUCCAGAAACACGUGCAUUAAUGUGUGAUGAACAAGAUGUGAUUUUUUCUGGUAAUGGUUCUGCAAAUGGAGUGCCAUGUGACGGUCCUUGUCAAAACAUGAUUGAAAAAUCAUCUAAUUCUGGUGGAUGCACUGAUGUUUAUGAAGAGCAGGAAAGGUUUGUUCUGACCAAGUUCUGGGAUGUUCUUCGUGGACUCAUUACUCUUGGUAGCAUAAAAGAAACAGCAUGCUCUUCAUUAGCCAGGAAAGAUGUGGGAAUGACGAAAGAACCUGCAGAGAAUGGCCAUAGUGGAGCUGAAACUGACACAGGGUGUGAGAAGGGAAUUCACAGCAACUGCACUUCAAAUUGCCCCAUCUCAGAGGUUACUGAAAUAUCUCGGACAAUCUAUUCAAUAACUGAUGGACAUGGUAAUAAAGAUCUUUCAUGGAGGUCGCUUGCAAAUUGGAAUAACAGAGGUGAUAAAAUCUGAUGUCUGGUGAAAGACUUAUUACCUGACUGACUGGUAAUGAAAAUGGUUCCCAGUCAGUGUGCAAUCUGGAAUUUCUGCAGCUAGUAAUUGCAUGUUUUGAAAUUCUUAUGCAAUUGAUUCUAAAGCUAGAAUCAAUUCUACUGAGAAGGUUCUAUAAGUUGCUUUUUAGUUUUAGAAUUGAUUAUGAGAAAAGAGAAGAAGCUUGCUCAUCUAAAAAACACCUAGCUGGAACCUCAUCUUUCCUAGCGUUGAAUUGAAAUCUCAACACAAUUAAGUCCUGGCCUGGACACAGGUCACGUUUGAUGUUUACUAUUACUAUA